GAGAGAUGAAAAGCGAAUGAUGCCUUGCCUUGUCUUGCCUUACGCCAGCCAUUCAUUCCCGAUACCGUAGGUUGUGCUUCUCCUUGUUCCCUCCAGAAAUGCAAACAAUGCUUUCUUAUCCACAACAAAAGAGAUCAAUCCAGCGAGGGUUGAGAAUGUGUAUGAGGUCUCGAUGUUCUUUUCGCGAGUACAUUCCUCCUUUCUUAUUCAUCCUUUCCAACGGAGGUGCCUUUCAUCUUUUUGACCAGUUCCAAACAGGGGAGAAAAACAUAGAAAAAUGGGGUCGUGAACGUUUUCUUGUCGUUAUAAAUGGGGUCGCCCGACGGUUCAUGUAUGGCCGCUUUUGCAGCGUUCGGGCGAAAUUUGGUAAUCAUGCGUGGAAUCUGCGUCUCGAAUGUGCCUGUCUCCAUGCGUGCUCGCACAUUUCGAGGAACAGGUCCCUGGGUCGGAUGCUGGUGAGGUUUGGGAACAGAAAGAUUUGGAUUCGAACGCCGAGACUGCUUGUGUGCCCUAUGUCAGUGGAUGAAGGAAUUUCCUUGCAUUUGAACCACGACAUGAAUUGGGCGAAGUGACAGCAUGAUGCAAUGUGAUUGUCCAUGCUUGUGA